CGUGUUUUCUUGUUGUCAUUUCAAGAUGUCCAGCAGUUCAUCUGACGAAGAAGAGUUACUUCUUAUGUUCGCUUUGAGUAAAGCAAAAAGAAAAAGAAAAUGGGUGCAUGAAAUAAAUGAAACAAGAGAGGUGUUCGGCGAGUUUCACCGAUUAUGCUGUGAGUUGAGUUCAUUCGAAGACCGAUUUUUCACAUAUUUUCGAAUGUCUCAAGAACAAUUUGACAAAUUGCAUACCCUCCUUGAACAUAAAAUAUCAAAAGUGGCCACUAACUGGAGGAAACCCAUUGGGACGAAGGAAAGACUAGCUAUCUGUUUAAGGUAUUUGGCUACAGGUGAUUCCCAUCACACUAUUGCCUUUUCCUUCCGUGUUGGACGCACUACUGUUUCCAGCAUAGUUAAAGAAGUGUGCGUCGAGAUAUGGAACGUUCUACAACCGUUGUACUUGGCUACUCCAACAGAGGAAGUUUGGAGGAAAUCUGAAGUUGGCUUUAGAGAACGAUGGAACUUUCCCAACUGCAUCGGGAGUAUAGAUGGGAAACACGUGGAAAUCAAAUGCCCUAACAAGAGUGGAUCAAGUUAUUAUUGUUAUAAAAACUUUUUUUCGAUUGUUCUCUUGUCCAUAGUUGAUCCUUACUACAAUUUUAUUGUCGUUGACAUAGGUAGUUAUGGUCGGCACAGUGAUAGUGCCAUUUUCGAGAACUCCUCUUUCUAUCGCGAUUUUGUUGAUAACAAAACAAUUCUUCCUCCAAAACCAUUACCCGGGACAGAAACCCCCGUCCCUCAUGUGUUUGUAGGUGAUGAAGGGUUCAAGUUACAAACUUAUUUGAUGCGUCCGUUCCCAAGAAAGGCGGUCGUUGAUAAUAUAGAAAAAAGAAGGUACAAUAAACGACAUUGCAGAGCACGACGUAUCGUGGAAAAUGCCUUCGGCAUUUUAACUCAAAAGUGGCGUAUAUUUUUUAGACCUAUCGAAUGUAAUGUUGAUACAGCUGUACACGUUGUCAAAGCUGCUUGUUGUCUUCACAAUUUUAUUAGAGCUAACACAGAAAAUGUCACAACUGAUGAGCUAGAAUUAACAGACGAUAUAACAAAUCAACCCACCAAUGCUUUCUCAGCCACUACUCCAUUGAAAGAACGAUCUAGUGAUGCUGCCCAUGCUGUACGAAACCAUUUCGUUAAUUACUUCAACUAUUUAAGUUCGUGAAUCAUGAUGUAAAAAUUGUAAAAAACUUGUAAAAUAUUAUUACAUAUUUAUAUUACUGUUGCAUUGUAUGAUUAAGCUCUUUGUAAUGUUUCGUGUUAAUUUGUAAAGUAUAAAUAAAUAUGUAUACAUAGAAGAUAUCACAUUAAUGAAUACAUAAAAUACAAAUAUGAAUAAAAAUAAAAUAAUAUACAAACAAUAUAAUAUGAAUAUAGUGAAUACAUAUAAAAACAAAUUAUCUUACUACUUUCAUGUAGUUUAUCCGCGAUAUCCUUCCAUGCUUCUGCUUUCUUCACUACAUCUUUGUAGUCAGGAUGACGAACAUCAUACAAAUAAACACACUCCCGCACAAGAUCUAUUAAUUUUUCCGUCUCGUCAGCCAUUGCUGUCCGCGCGAACUUUGUAGAAAAUGACAACUGCUCCUCUGUCCGCUGCGGACUAGACUGGUCCGCUGCGGCAGACCGCCUUCUGUUUAACCAGGAUGAUGCAAUCUAAGGUUACACUGUGUCCGUGGCGGACGGGCGGCCAGGUCCGCGCGGACAGUCCGCCUCCUGUUUGACUGAGCCUUUAACGUAUGUGCCAGGCACUAAAGUAAACCCAAGUACGUCAUAUUUAAGAGGAUUGAAAAGGUUGCAUCUUGCAUGAAUGACGAGAAUUUAAAAAAAGAACAAUAUUAACUACUUGACAGAAUUUGAUGGUCUUUUUUUGUCGCCUAUAUAUUUGCAUUACGGAGACAUGAAUGUACAGAAAUAGUCUAUAUAGUACACAUAUAGUUCUAAAAAAAAUUGCAAACUGUUUUUUUUUAUAAAACAAUAGCUUGAAACCAAAAAGUAAACAAAUUGUGGCCAUAGGCGGCAUGGCCACUUGAUUUUAGAUUUAUUUUAAUUAAUUUUGAAUUUUGGCUGUUACGUAAUUUUAGUUUUAAU